AUGCCUGUCCCCGCCUACGGAGCCGCUCCUCUCAGCAAGACCUUUGCAUUGGUCAGAUUGCUCGAGGUUGUAAGCAUGAUUAUCGUUGUCGGCAUAGCCGCCAACUUUGUCAACGAUAUUGUCACCAGUGGCAUUUCCCCUCCGAAGGAGGUCGUUGGCACUCUCACUGUCACUUGUCUCGCUACGCUUUAUUCCCUUGUCAGCAUUGCCUUUUUCUGGUCCGAGGCGUAUCUCGGCCUUCUGGUCAUGACCGCAGUCGAUUUUCUCCUUUCCAUCGCUUUCAUCGUCGUUGCCGUUUGCCUCGGCAAGCCUAUUUCCUUCCUCAACUGUCCCAACAUCCGAAGCACUUCUACGUCAAUCACCUCAGCGUCAGCGUACGCUUACGUCACCUCUAUCGAGAACAAUCUUAAUGUCGACGGCUCGACGUUGUCCCUGGCAUCCUUUGCCGGCGCGACCAAGGCCAACUGUUACGAGAGCAAGACGAUUUGGGGCUUGAGCAUUGUCCUUUGCAUCCUUUAUACGACGUCUUGCAUUCUGCUUCCGACGCUCUUCUUCAAAAACAAAAAAGCCAUUAACGCCGCGACGCCGGCCAAGGCCGAGCCCUAG